GUUAGCUGUACUUGAUUGGAAUGGAAGUAGGGAUAGUCUGUCGUGGCAGCAUGGCAACGUAGGUAGACCGUUUCACUAACUCAAGUCAAAAAACCAGUUUAUUUACCGACAAUAUCCGUGGAGUGUCGCUUCGCAAGCGUACACAAAACGCAGAGCUUUUUCGAAACUAUUUAUUGCCGUUCGUGUGUCCUUAUCAGAAAUUAGUUUUAAGGCGUUUAUAUUCAAAGUUGUAAUAAAAGUAUUGUAACUUUAAUUCAAACUAGUGUCGUUUAUAAAUUUAAAAGUAGUAGUGAUAGGUGUGUCGCAGCGUGAAUUUUGAAUCGUGAGUUAAUUUGUGUGCACUCACGUGAAAAUACAGGUGUUUAGUUGCAUGUGCAGUUCAAACGUGUAAAAAAGAGAUGUUGAUAGAUUGCGGAACACAUCUUCAGUUCGAUUGCAUACAUCAGUGAACUUGGUGUGACGAAUUAUUUGCGGACUUUAUUGAAAACAUGUCGGCAAACCCUAAUCUGCACCAGACCGUGUUCAACAAUUCCUGAUGUUCUGGUGUGAGAUCGGCUGAGAUGCAGCCAUGGCGAGCGGCAAGGCUAUGUAUUCUAUAGCCGUUGUUGUGUUCGGCUUCAUAUGUUUUGUGGUUGGUGCCAUAGCGGUGGGCCUGCCAACAUGGGGCUAUUAUUACAGUUAUGAUUCUGGCAUAGAUAUCGCAUUGCAGUGGCACUCUUUCGAGAAUCCGAACUACGACAAAGGCUACUUCGGACCAUGGCGCAUGUGCAAGAGUCUGCUCUACAACAGGGAGAAAUGUGGCGACGACGUCUCCAAAUUCAGGCCAUCGACUGCAGUCCACAUAGCGGGUGUAGUCGGAGCGAUCGGUACUUCAGUGCUCGGCGUGUUCUGCGUGCUGUCAGUCCUGCAGCUCGCCAUGAUCUCCUCCAAGGAGCGCGUCGGGCUCAAGUACUCCACCCUCGUCAUGCUGAAGCUAGCGCUGGCGCUGUUAGCCGCGUUGCUGUCCAUAGCCGCGGCAGGUCUUUUCGCCGUGCAGGGCGAUGACAGAGGCUUCCGGGUGACGAGAGGAGAGGCGUUCUAUGUGCAGAUCGUGUGCAUAGUGAUAAACUCGCUUCUGUUCAUAAUGUCGGUGUACGACGCGCUGUUCACGCGCCGGAGCGGCGGAGACCCCACGCACGAGACCGACUCCACCACCAUCGACAACCCUGGGUUCAAGGAGGGCCGAGGUAUCUCGAUGACGGACGCGUCGGGCAAGCCAUACAGCAGCAACGGCCACGGCUCAGUAGCCUCCAUGAACACGACGGCGACCACGCUGACUGGCGCCUCCGAGGCCAGCACCAUCACGCGCUCGCCGCUGCGCUCCUCGCUGAAGAAGCCCCGCCCCGCGCCCGGCCUCGGCAUACCCAACCCCGGCUACUCGGGGCACUCGCCGCCGCUCAACCGGAACGGCAGUCAGAAGAAGGUGCGUAUACAGACGCAUAGUACCGAGGUUUAG